AUGAUAAGAAAAACGAAUAAAAGAUCAUGGAAUAACCCACAAAAUAUAGAAAAGUUCCAAAAUUAUAUCAGUACAGCAUUAGAGAACAAACUAAUAGGAGGAGAUAGCAUAGAUACACUAAAUAAUACAAUAAUGGAAACCAUACAAAAAGCUCGAAAGAAAUAUUGCCCAGGAAAGAAAAGAGAACAGAAAAUAAGCCACAACACACGAAAGCUUAUAGAAGAAAGAAGACUUCUAAUCAGUAACAAAGAAGCAAAAGAGAACAGAAGUCUCAAAGUAUUAAAAAGAAAUCUGGCUAAGGGCAAAACUGAAAUAGUGAAGCUACAGAACAGAAACAAUGGAAUAGAACACAACAGGAACAAAUUAAUUGAAAUAGUGGAGAAAUUCUAUGAAGAACUGUGCAGAAGUCACAGAAACGAAAACUCAACACUAUUACUCAUAACAGCAGAAAAAGGAGUGUUGAAUCAAGAAUCCGAAGACAUACCCGAAAUAACUACAGGAAAAAUCCAGAAUGCUCUUAGAAAAAUGAAAAAUAAUAGGUCGCCAAGCGACGAUGAGAUCGUCAUAGAGGCUAUCAAAAUUGGAGGAGAAAUAAUAAUGAAAAAAAUAGAAACACUUUUUAACCUAUGUCUCCAGGAUGCCACCAUUUAUUAUAGAUGGAAUAAUGCGGUGAUGAUCCUACUCCAUAAAAAAAGCGAUAAAACGAAUCUAGAGAAUUAUCGGCCGAUUAGCCUAUUGGAUCAUCUUUACAAACUUUUUACUAGAAUUAUAACAACAAGAAUGGAAAACAAGUUAGAUUUAUACCAGCCAAGAGAGCAAGCUGAAUUCUGUUCAAACUUUAGAACCAACGAUCACCUACAGAGUCUGAAGGUAUUAAUAGAAAAAUCAGUGGAGUAUAAUAGACCAUUGGUGUCAUUAUUCGUAGAUUUUCAAAAAGCUUUUGAUACAAUAGAACACAAUAAUAUACUAAUAGCACUAAAGGAAUGUCAAAUCAACUACCGGUAUACAAAAAUUAUCCAUAAAAUAUUUAUCAACAAACAACAACAACAGUAA